AUGAUGUUCGACCACAACCUCGAUGUCUGCGGCGAUACGAUCGACGAGUUGGUGGCCAACGGUUUGUACGCCAAAGCCAUACAAUGGUUAACCCAUUAUAUCAAUGUCGAGUACAAGACAUCAACGGUGGCCGCCAUCGGUGGCCAAUCGGCGCCCAAUGGUUACGACCCGAGGUCUGCGGCCAUCGAUAAUCUCUACCGCUAUCUACUGUUGCGGUCGUAUUGUUAUUACAAGAUUCGCGUCGACAACCACUCCAUGGCGUUGGCCAUCGACGACGUCAUGGAAGCGAUUGGUGUCGACGACCAGCGCUUCCAGUCCUAUAUGUUAGGCUCUUUAAUCCUAUCCGAAAGCAAUCGAUACGAAGAGUCGCUGGAGAUGUUGGAGAAGUGUUUGAGAGUGAAUCCGUGUCUUAACGACCUCUUGAGCGACAAAUUAGUUUAUUUGAAGUUUAAAAUACUGACUGUCGGUAAGCGUUGCGACGAAGAGACGGCCCUCAAGAACGCCACGCGUUACCGAUAUCUCGACGAAUGUGUGCAACACAUCCACACCAAUGACUUGAAUGCGGGCAACGAUUUCAAUGUCUUACGAUUUAUCGACGGUAAACACAGUAACAACGGAUACGUCAAGAAUAUUCAGACCAAU